AAAAAAAAAAAAAAGAUAUCGGCUGUCAAUUGACUCAAACCUUCUUUCUUCUUCAUAACCCAUCCUUCUUUUUAAUACAUAAGCUCCAGCAUGUUGGUACUUCCUGGCACUUCUGCUCUUUCCAGCUUCAAGAGCUCAAGUGUUUUGAAAGAUAUUCAAAAGACCGUUCCUUCUGCUAUUUCUGUCUCAGCUAUUCAUAUUCAUUUUGUUCAACCUCGCAGUGGCCAAGAAGAUACCUUGAAUGAAUCCUUGGAACCCGGAAAGAUCCUUCGUAACUUACUCACCUACGGCUAUUAUCCUAUUGAUGAUCAAGAAUAUGAAUCUAUUGUAUCUUUUUUGAAUACCAAUCAACAGCAACCUUCAUCAACUACUCUUUUGGUUGCUCCUCGUGCUGGUACCAUUUCCCCUUGGUCCUCCAAGGCGACCAACAUUGCUCACCUCUGCAAUUUAUAUGAUCAUGUCGAACGCAUUGAGCGUGGUGUUGCUUAUCGUAUUGUUAAAAGUGAUGGUUCCCAGCUUUCUGCCGAAGAGAUCGACACAGUCUCGAAUUUGAUCCACGAUCGUAUGACACAGUAUAUUUCAUUAGCUCUUCCAGAUGCUGAAUCCAUCUUUCAACAUGGCACACCUGCUCCAUUGACUGUUGUUGAUUUGCUUAAUGAAAAUGGCAAUAAUCCUGAAGCUACCCGUGAAAAGCUCGUUCAUGCCAAUACCACCUUAGGUUUAGCUCUUGCUAAUGAUGAGAUUGAUUAUUUGAUUGAUGCAUUUGUCGGAAAGGACGGAAAAUCUGGCCUUCAACGUAAUCCUACCGAUGUUGAAUUAUUCAUGUUUGCUCAAGUUAAUUCUGAACACUGUCGUCACAAGAUCUUUGGCGCUGACUGGACAAUUGAUGGAGAACUCAAGCCUCAUUCACUCUUUGGCAUGAUCAAGAAUACACACAAGAAGAACCCUAAUGCUACAUUAUCCGCUUAUUCAGAUAAUGCUGCUGUCCUCAAGGGAUUUAAGGCUACUCGAUUUGCACCUAAUCCCGUGUCAAACAACACAUAUGAACAUUUUGAAGAAGAUGUUCAUUAUCUUGCUAAGGUUGAGACUCACAACCAUCCUACUGCUGUAUCACCUUUCCCUGGUGCAUCUACUGGUUCCGGUGGUGAAAUUCGUGACGAAGGUGCUACCGGUCAAGGCUCCAAGCCUAAGGCCGGUCUUGUCGGCUUCACUACUUCCAAUUUGCUUAUUCCAGAUAACAUUCAGCCAUGGGAAACAGAUUUUGGUAAACCAGGCCACGUUGCCUCUGCUUUCGAUAUUAUGAAGGAAGCUCCUCUCGGAGGCGCUGCUUUCAAUAACGAGUUUGGUCGUCCUGCUUUAACUGGUUAUUUCCGUACCUUUGCUGAAGAAGCUCCGGUGACCGAAUCUACAUCGGAAGUUCGUGGUUACCAUAAGCCUAUCAUGAUCGCUGGUGGCGUUGGUACCAUUCGUCCCAUGCAUGUCUUGAAGAAACCUAUUACUCCUGAUGCUCGCCUUGUUGUCUUGGGUGGUCCCGGUAUGUUGAUCGGUUUGGGUGGAGGCGCCGCAUCCUCUAUGGCUUCUGGUCAAUCUAGCGCCGAUCUGGACUUUGCUUCAGUUCAACGUGAUAACCCAGAAAUGGAACGUCGCGCUCAACAGGUGAUUGAUGCUUGUAAUGCAUUAGGUGACGAUACACCCAUUCAGUCUAUUCACGAUGUGGGUGCAGGUGGUCUUUCUAAUGCUUUGCCUGAAAUUGUGCAUGAUAGUGAUCUCGGUGCCGAUAUCGAUUUACGCAAGAUUCCUUGUGACGAUGCUUCCAUGUCUCCUAUGGCCAUCUGGUGUAACGAAUCUCAAGAACGUUAUGUGCUUGCUAUCUCUCCAGAUAAGCUUGCUCAAUUUGAAGCAUUUUGUGCUCGUGAGCGUUGUCCUUAUGCCGUCGUAGGCACUGCUACUGCUGAGAAGCGCUUGGUCGUCCGCGAUCCUCUCUUGAACAACGUUCCUAUUGACUUACCUAUGCCUGUUCUCUUUGGCAAGCCCCCCAAGAUGUCUCGCAAGACUGUCUCCGAAAAGCCUUUCAGAAGACCCUUUGAUACAACUCUCCAAACCUACCUUCCUGGUAAUCACAACGUGCUUGCUGAAGCUGCUUCCCGUGUUCUUCACUUACCUUCUGUUGCCUCCAAGUCAUUCUUGGUAACUAUUGGCGAUCGUUCCAUCACUGCCCUUGUUGCUCGUGAUCAAUUUGUUGGACCAUGGCAAGUUCCCGUUGCUGAUGUCGCCGUGACAACUUCUUCUUUAGGCUUGGACAUUAUUACUGGUGAAGCCAUGGCUAUGGGUGAGCGUACCCCCAUCGCUCUUAUUUCGCAAGCUGCCUCUGCUCGUAUGGCUGUUGGUGAAGCACUUACCAAUUUGGCUGCUGCUCAUAUCACCGAUAUUAGAGACGUCAUCAUGUCUGCCAACUGGAUGUGUGCCGCCGAUCAUCAAGGUGAAGGUGCCGGUCUUUAUGAAGCUGUUCAAGCCGUUGGUUUAGACCUCUGUCCUAAGCUUGGUAUUGCCAUUCCUGUUGGAAAGGACUCCAUGUCGAUGAAGAUGAAGUGGCAAGAAGACGACCAGAAGAAAGAGGUAACUGCUCCCCUGUCACUCAUCAUUACUGCAUUUGGUACUGUUGCCAACAACCACAACACUUUCACUCCUCAACUCAUCUCCAAGCCCAACACCGAACUUGUGUAUAUUGACUUGGCUAAUGGCAAACAACGUUUGGGUGGUUCUGCUUUGGCUCAAGUAUUCAAGGAAAUUGGAUCUGAGGCACCUGAUGUAGAAGAUGCCGAAUUGUUAAAGAGCUUCUUCAACGCCAUGCAGCGCGCAAAGGAAGUCAAGGUACCCCUUGUUUUGGCCUACCAUGACCGUUCUGAUGGUGGUCUGUUUGCCACUGUUUUGGAAAUGUGUUUUGCUGGCCACGUGGGCGCUCAAGUCGAAUUGGAUACCAUCAUUCAUGAAGACGAUGUUGUUUCUGCGCUUUAUAAUGAAGAGUUAGGCGCCGUUGUUCAGAUCGAAUCUGCUCGUUAUGAAGAAUUUGAGAACCUCAUGAAGGAAGCUGGUUUGCCCGCAAAAGCUCUGCACAGAAUUGGUGAGGCAACUCCUCACGAUGAAAAGGACAUGAUCACAUUCAAGUUUAAGGGUGAAGUUGUCUACAGUGCCUCACGUAUCGAUCUUUACCGUGCAUGGUCCAAGACAUCUUAUUUGAUGCAAGCUGCUCGUGAUAACGCCGACUGUGCCAAGCAAGAAUAUGAUGCUGUUCUUGAUCCUAAUGAUCCUGGUCUUCAGUAUCAAUUAACCUUUGACCCUGCUGAGCAUUUCAGUAUGUCUACCGAUGGUCGUCGCCCCAAGGUUGCUGUUCUUCGUGAUCAAGGCGUCAAUGGUCAAAUCGAAAUGGCCUUUGCUUUCCAUUUAGCUGGUUUUGAAUCUGUUGAUGUGCAUAUGACCGAUGUCAUUUCUGGCAAGGUAUCUCUUAAAGACUUUGUUGGUAUUGCCGCCUGUGGUGGCUUCUCAUAUGGUGAUGUCUUGGGUGCUGGUUCUGGUUGGGCUCGUACCAUCCUGCUACAUGCCCAUGCUCGUGCUGAAUUUGAAGCCUUCUUUGCUCGUGACAACACUUUUGCCCUGGGUGUCUGUAACGGUUGUCAGUUCCUGAGUCAAUUGUCUGAACUUAUACCUGGCACCGAAAACUGGCCACGCUUUGCUCGUAAUGAAUCUGAGCAGUUUGAGGGCCGUACUACCCUUGUCAAGAUUGAAAACACCAAGUCCAUAUUCUUCAAUGGCAUGGAAGGAUCCAUUUUCCCUAUUGCUGUGGCACAUGGUGAAGGAAAGGCUACGUUCAAAUCAGAUCAAGAAUUCAAUCAGUUCCAAUCUCAAGGUCUUGGUCUUGUCACUUAUGUGGAUCAUUAUGGCAAGGCAACACAACAGUAUCCAUUCAAUCCUAACGGCUCACGAGGCGCUGUUGCUGCUAUCGGUACACCUAAUGGUCGUGUCUUGGCUAUGAUGCCUCAUCCUGAAAGAGUAGUCUUGAAGGAAAGUAAUUCUUGGUACCCUGCUGAUCAAAAUUGGGGACAAGUGGGUCCUUGGUUAAAGAUGUUCCGCAAUGCUCGUGCUUGGGUUGGCGACAAUUAUUAACUUGUUUAAACCAUUUUUUUUAAUUAUUUAUUUACACAUAAUGAACGUUUAUUAUAAAAUCAGUAAAGAAUAAACAAUAUAGCUACACACAAUUCGGUUUCGU